UGGUCAUUGAAGACUUUGACAACAAAGUUAAUCAGAGUUCUAUUCUGAUGUUUCUCAGAUCAAGGGCCAGUACUAGUUACUGAUGCAGAGAUGUCCUGGAAAACAGCUCAGAGUGUCUGUAGAAAAAACUUCACAGACUUCUACACGGUCAGGACCGAGAGUGAGAAUCAGCAGCUAACCGAGAUGAUCAAAGGUUACCCGUGUGCCUGGAUCGGUCUGUUCAGAGACUCAUGGACAUGGACUGAUCAGACCAGCAUAAGCUCUUCUCUGCGAUGGGCUGAAAAACAACCAGAUAAUCUGUCUGGCAAUGAAACCUGCGCUGCUGUCAAUGAGAAUGGUCGGAUUACUGAUGAGCCCUGCUCAAGAAAGUUUUUCUUCUUUUGCAAAAGUUCAAGUAUUUCAUCGCUUGUCACAGAAACUGUAAAGCGACAGAUAUUGAGACUGGAGGUGAAAGCUGGUGAUAAUGUCAUUGAUCAAGUGACUGCAGAUGCUCUGUUGAAGGAGGUCCAGCAGAAACUCGGAGAGCAGGGAAUGGCAGCGGAUCUGAAGUUUUCAUGGAGACAGCAGCCAAAUGGAAAGCUGUUCCAAACACUGAAAAAGAAUAAUUAUAGAUUUUCAAAAUGCUCAAAAUACUAGUUAGACUAUUUAUUUCUUCUCAAAAGUUUCUGAAUAUUUCUCAUUUAGGGUCAUGAAAAUGUAUGCAAUGUAUGGACACAUAAAUGUGCUUAGGAAAGGCUGUACAAAUUUUGUUAAGAUGUCUUGGGGUCCUAUUGACUCACCCAUUGGUUUACAUGCAAUUUAUCACUGAAAACACUGAAGAUGGGGGGAAAACUGAUAUGAAAAACAAAAUAUGAAAAACAUUAGGACUUAAACAUAAAAAGAACAUUUUUCACAUUUAGUCUUCACAUAUUUUUUACUUUCUGACAAGCUAUAAUAUAUAAUUGUUCUGUUUUAACAUGAUCCUGUAGAUUUCUGGAAACAAAAUGAGAUGAUGAUUAAAUGUGAUCAAAAUAGGGUAAAUGUCUUACAUCAUAUCUGAAUUAAUCAAUAUAUUUUAUUAACUAAUUUGUCUUUUAAUGUUUUUUUUUUUAGUUCAUCAUAGUUAUUAUAGUAGGCCUAAUUAAUGUAAAGUGAAAGUAAAGCUUCUGGAAACAAACGCUCCUCAAAAGAUCCUGAGGAUUAGAUUUGAGACUCAGAAUCAAGUAAAGCUGAGCUGCUUCAGUCCAGUAAGAGUUAAUCUGAAGAUAUUACUGACCUUAUUCUGACCUUUACUUGAUCACAAUCAGGAAAGAUUCUAAAACACUUUUGCGGUGGCUGUGGCCUAAUGGUUAGAGAGCUGGACUAGUUAACAGAAAGUCGCUGGUUCGAGUCUCAGUGCUGGCAGGAGUGUGAAACUUGUUGAGUGUGAAACAGGUUUAGCAGCAGAGUUUGAUCAUGUUGAUAGUUUAGAGGCCUUUAUGUUUCAAAUCGGGUUCAUAUCCUUAAAUAUGUACAUUUGUAUGUGUUAUGUUUGUUACUGACAAUUAUUAUUAUU